AUGUCGACCUAUAACGAGAGCAACGCACCUACGAGAAGACCAGAUAUAAAGAGGAAACUAGUGGUUGUAGGCGAUGGAGGAUGCGGUAAAACAUGUUUGUUAACGGUAUAUGCGGAGAACCGAUUCCCCGAAGAAUACGUCCCAACAGUCUUUGAAAACCUGAUAACGAUGAUCCCUUCUCCCAACGACCCAACGAAAAUAAUCGAACUGGCAUUAUGGGAUACAGCAGGACAGGAAGAUUUCGAUAGACUGAGACCACUGAGUUAUAACGAUACGGAUGUCAUCUUGAUUGUGUUCGCUUGUAACCAUAGACCUAGUUUGUUGAAUGUGCAGGAUAAGUGGUUCCCCGAAAUGGCCCAUUUCUGCGAAUCCGUCCCUAUCCUCCUGAUCUGCACCAAGACCGACCUCCGAUCUGAUCCCCAGACUCAAUCGCUGAUGGCAGCACAGGGUACUAAGCCCAUAACUUCGAUUGAGGGCGAGAAGGUGUCGAAGGAAAUAGGAGCAAAGAGGUAUUUGGAAUGUUCGGCGAAAGAGGGUUGGGGCGUUAAAGAGGUAUUUGACAAUGCGAUUAAAGAGAGUUUGAAGAAAGGUGGGAGAGGUAAAGGGAGGGGAAAGAAAUGUGUGGUACUGUAG